CUGUAAUCAUGGCGUAAACAUAUUCUGUAAGAUUUCAAGAGACUAUAUAAACGCCACUCUGGAUCAUCAUCAUCAUGAGCGUAAACAUCUCAUUAAUGGAUAAUCAUCAUCAUCCCGAUGAUUAGGGAUCAGAUCCCUGCUCAGAUCCCUAAUCUCCGUCUGCAACGGAUUGCUCCUCCUCUCAAACCCUAAUUCCCUCCGCGACGAGAAAGCGGGCGAAAAUCCCAAAGCCGCCCAGGGUUUCCAGAGAGCUGGCCCUUGCUUUCAAUCCCAAUUCCGAUACCCGCUCCUUCAAGAUCGUAUCUUUCCCGUUGCCGGGGGAUGAUCCCGUGCGCCGCCGUGGCUCCGACGAGGUCGACGUCUUCUCGUCGGAUACCGGCAGCUGGAGCACUGUCGGUGGAAUCGCCGGCCUCAGUGAGGCUGGAACAUUCUUUUAUUCACCAACAAACACUUCCGGCAGAUUACGAGCAUAUCAAUAACAUAUAUGCAUGGUAAUUAAGAUCAUGGCCGUCCUUUACAAAUUCCAUCAUGGCAGAUGCUCAUUGUGCAACAAAUUUUCAGCACCAGGUUCAUCAUGGGCUCAUUGUGCAACAAAGUUUCAGAUCCAUUUGCAAAUUGAACAAAUUGUGUCGAUGGUGGUAAAAAGCUCAGACACAAUUCGCGAUAUUAAAUCAAAGGUUUUUGCACGGGAGGGACUGGCAGCGAGUGACCAAGAGUUAUUUUUUGAAGGCAACCACCUAAGUGACACAUCGAAGACACUAGCUGACUACAACAUCUCCCAAAAUUCCAUGAUCAACCUUUUGUUUGGAGGCACUAUGCAAAUAUUUGUAAAGAUCCUUUCAACUGGGAAAACUUUGAAGCUCGUAGUAAACGACAAAGAUACCAUCCAAAAUGUGAAGGCUAGGAUUGAAGCUAUGGAGGGAAUUUGUCAGAAUCGUCAAGGACUCAUCUACAUGGGAAAAUCUCUUGAAGAUAACCCUUCAUUACUUGCUUGCAAUAUACGAAAUGGUUCAACCCUUCAGAUGAUUCUAUGUCCAGUGGAUAAGUUUGAUAUCUUACUCUGCACAAUGAAUGGGAAUCUUAUAAAACUUGAAGCAAGUUCUUGGUAUACUAUCCGAGAUAUCAAGCUGAUAGUUGAGGGUAUGAAGGAUAUUGAUGCAACCAAACAAAGGCUUUUUUGUGAUGUCACAGAGCUGGAGGACAGCCUCAUGCUUUCCGAAUGCAGAAUAUUCGAUCGGACAAUUCUUCACUUGCAAGUUGACAUGUAGAUAUUGAUCAAUAUUUGGAAUCGGAGGACUAUCACAUUAACGAUUGAUAGUGAGGAUUUCAUUGGUUCGGCCAUUCGGAAGAUUGAAGAAGAAAUGCCUGUGAGCUUCUGCAUCAAUUAAUCAACCCUAUCUUUGGAAGUAUGAGAUCAGCUACUUUAAAACUUCUGGUGACGUUUGUUCUGGUCUUUCGAAGGUAAUAACGUAUUGGGAUGUUUUCAAGUUGUUAAAACAAUAAUCUUUUGUCUUUCCUUUUAUGUGCAAAAAACUGGAGCAUGAGGGAGUUUAUGGAAAUCUAUGCUAAUGGUUUUGAUUGUUAAAAUUUCCCUAUAUCUUCACUUGUGUUUCAACAUGUGGGCAUUUUAUGCGUUGUGUUUCUCUGCAGAGUGUAAUACUGAUGUUUCUAUGAUUUUUAUCUCAACCUCAAUUGUAAGCUUGGCGUUUA